CUCGAUAAACUCUGAUGUUAUUAUCGUUAAACGGUAGCUAAAAAUAAUAACAAAGAACAAACAGUUAGUUGGACUCUGUGAGUGCUUCAGUGAAUUACAUCGGGUAAAUGUAAACAUUUAUACAUAAAGAAAACAUGAGGAUUAUUUUUAAUGGAAGUAUAUUCUUUGUAAUACUAUCCAUAUUGAUUGGAAAUGGUCAUUCAGCUCCACCACCUUAUCCUACAGCCCCUAUCUUUCCAGGCACUACUGAUAAACCAACCACAACAACUGCAAAACCGCAUCCUAAAAACUGCGGAUAUUCUUCCUGCCCAGCCAUAAAGGAACGAUAUAUUAAUGUCCAUAUUGUUCCCCAUACACACGAUGACGUUGGUUGGUUAAAGACAGUGGAUCAAUAUUUCUAUGGAAGCAAAUCCGAUAUUCAGAAUGCUGGUGUCCAAUAUAUCCUUGAUACCGUUAUUGAUUCAUUACGUAAGGAUAAAAACAGAAGAUUUAUAUAUGUGGAAACAGCAUUUUUCUGGAAAUGGUGGAUAAAACAACACGAUAUUGUCAAAGCUAGAGUACGAAAGUUGGUUAACAACGGACAGCUGGAAUUCAUCAGUGGAGGAUGGAGUAUGAAUGAUGAAGCUGCUACUCAUUAUCAUUCAAUUAUAGAUCAAAUGACCUGGGGCUUAAGGAAACUCAAUGAUACAUUUGGUGAAUGUGGUCGUCCUAGAAUUGGUUGGCAAAUAGAUCCUUUCGGUCACAGCAAAGAAAUGGCAAAUAUCUUUGCUCAACUGGGUUUUGACGCUUUACUUCUGGGUAGAAUUGACUAUCAAGACAAAGCUUAUAGAUGGAAAACGAGAACUCCCGAGGUCGUAUGGAGAGCAAGUAGUAGUUUAGGAGAAUCUAGCGACAUUUUUACUGGAGUUAUGUACAAUGUUUACGGCCCACCGCCUGGCUUUUGUUUUGAUAUUUUAUGUGGUGACGAACCAAUAAUCGACGAUAAAAAAAGUUUCGAAUAUAACGUUAAUCGCAGGGUUGACGAGUUCCUAGAGUACGCCACAAAUGCCAGCAAAGUUUACACUACAAACAAUAUUAUAAUCACUAUGGGAGAAGAUUUCAACUACCAGGAUGCAGAAGCUUGGUUUAUCAACUUGGAUAAACUCAUUCUAUAUGCCAAUGCUCGUCAGGUAAACGGUUCGAAAUUCAAUCUUCUUUAUUCCACACCAUCAUGUUACGUUAAGGCUAUUCAUGACGAAACCGCUAAUAACAAGAGCUGGCUACUGAAAAAUGACGACUUCUUCCCAUAUGCAUCUGACCCUCACGCAUAUUGGACUGGUUAUUUUACCUCAAGACCAGCAAUCAAACGAUUCGAAAGAUAUGGCAAUAACUUUCUGCAGGUAUGUAAGCAGCUGUAUGCAUUAGCCGACCUGGGCCCAGAGGAUAGAAUAGACUUAAAUGCGUUGAGGGAAGCGAUGGGUGUAAUGCAACACCAUGACGCAGUUACUGGUACUGAAAAGCAACACGUUGCAAACGAUUAUGCAAGACUGUUACAAAGAGGGAUUGAAGAAUGUGAAAUUAUUAGCAACGCAGCCCUUAAUAAAUUAACAAAUGGAACAACCAACUCUUCAUCGCAUAAUCCUGAAGAAUCUGUUCAACCCUUCUAUCAUUGUCCCUUGGCUAACAUAAGCCAAUGUGCUUCUACAGAAAAUUUGGACAAUUUUGUUGUAACAAUUUAUAAUCCAUUAAGUAGAUCAAUUGAUAAAGUUAUAAAUAUACCAGUAGUGGGAGGUUCAUAUAAUGUUACCGAUUCAAAAGGAGUUGCAGUUCUAACGCAACUUGUCCCCAUAGCUGACUUUGUUAUCAACAUUCCCGGAAGAUCAAGUAAUGCUACUUACGACUUGUACUUUGUAGCAACUGCCAUACCAGCUUUAGGUUUUAAAUCAUAUAUAGUUAGCAAAACUAAAUCGAAAAAUAACGACUAUAACUCUGAAGAAACUAGUAACAGAAUAUCUAUUAAAGAUACAGAUACGUCAUUCCAAAUAAACUCUUUGACUGGAUUAAUAACAGAAGUUCGUGUAGAUGGUGUUUCCAUGCCUUUAACCCAAAAUUUCUUUUAUUACGAAGGCUACGUAGGAGAUAAUAGGGUUUUUAGUAAUCGCUCGUCUGGAGCUUAUGUUUUUAGGCCGUAUGGCCCCAUUAAACCUGCCAGCAAUGGGGUCAGAUUCACACCAAUUAUCGGCGAAAUAAUCGCAGAAGCACGACAAACGUUUAACGAAUAUAUAAGUCAAUCAAUCAGGAUCAAUAGAAUUGAAAACUACAUAGAGUUCGAUUGGGUUAUUGGACCACUACCAACAAACGAAUUGCGCGGUAGAGAAAUAGUCACCAGAUACUCAACCAAUUUUCAAUCGAAUUCAACUUUUUAUACAGAUUCUAAUGGCAAAGAGAUGUUAAAAAGGAGGAUAAAUUUCAGACCAACAUGGAAAUUGAAUGUCUCCGAGCCUGUUUCCGGAAACUAUUAUCCUGUCACGUCGAAAAUAACUAUCAGAGACGAGCAACAACAUUUGGAAUUAGCAGUGUUGAACGACAGAGCUCAAGGAGGAUCCAGCUUAAAUGAUGGCGAAAUUGAACUAAUGAUUCACAGAAACUGUCUUCACGAUGAUGCCUUCGGUGUUGGAGAAGCUUUAAAUGAAACCGCUUUUGGAAAAGGAUUGGUAAUCAGAGGAUCACAUUAUUUGACAUUCGGUUACACAGAUAAUAGAAAGGCGCAAACACCUGCCUUUAUCGAGAAGGAUAUAGCACAAAAGAAAUUGCUUGACAGUUGGACCUUCAUUUCGCCACUUCAAACUACUCCUAAGGAAUAUCAAAAAAGCCGCAUUAUGGAGCUUUCGGGACUUCGUACUGCAUUGCCACCAAACGUAAAUGUACUAACUCUGGAACCAUGGAUCGGAUUUAGUUUUCUCCUGCGAUUGGAGCAUGUUUUCGAACAAAACGAAGAUCCCACUUAUUCUAAAUCUGCUGUUGUGAAACUAAAGGAUCUGUUUACAGCAUUUGAAAUAGUGUCUGUACAAGAAACAACAUUAGGUGGGAAUCAGUGGAUGAAAGAUAACAACCGAAUGAAGUUUAAUACCAAUGGAACGCUAGAGGACUUAGUAUAUGAAGAUAUCGAUUUGAAUAUCGAAGAUAGUACUGUGCAAAAAUUAUGGAUGGAGCAAAAUAUUCGUAAAGAUAAUGUCAAAAGAGAAGUGAUUAUAGACGCAGAAGAUAACAUGGAGAAUUUUGAAAUAGUUCUGAACCCAAGCCAAAUUCGUACUUUCAUAAUAGAUAUUAAGAAAGUUUAAUAUCUAAAAUGUCACUAAAUAAAACACAAUAAUAUAUACUAUAAUCAAUUUAUUAGAAACUUAUAUACCUAUCUUAUAUAUUUGUUAAAUUUAUUUCUGUGAUAAUAAACAAUAAACUAAAAAUAUUAGUUUGUC